AUGGCACUUGUCUUGCUUCUCUGCAGCGAGCUUGGGACACCACAAUCAGCACCAUUCCUCGUACAAAGAGAACACAUUCCGGCGACAUUGAGUGAAGCAGCUCACGAAGAAUUGCUACGUAAUGGACUCCACGCAGAAAUUGUUGGCGAGGUGGCAGAACGGAAGACUGAGUGUGGAAUAGUGUUGAUGGAUUACACUGGCUACGUUGACGGUGAGGUGUUCGAGAUGGCGAUUAGAUCAGUCGAAGACGAUCUUCAAGCAACCAGCAACUCGACUUUCCUGAAUGAGACUCUUCGAUACAAAGUUUAUACGGAGAUGAAGGCAAAAAUUCUGGCUGAACACAAAAUCGGAAUGAAGACACUCUUUGAUGAACGUCGCGCCUCCGUACCGCUUUACAGGCCCACAGGACUGCUUUCCUCGUAUGCCGGAAUCUUGACGCUGGGACUCGGAAUAGGACUUGGUGGACUGAUAUUCAAAGGUCUGGAGAGCUUAAUUGGACAGGGGAAGAUCGAUGUUCUUCAAACGAGGGUGAGCGAGGAGUGGAACACCAUUAUGAGUAUAAUAACACAGAUCAGCAAUAACAGUGACUCUCGAAACAUCAAGGUAAGUACACAUGAAUUGCGGAGAGAAAGAAGUUGA